GUCUAGGACAGCGAGGUUACUAUAACCAAGCUUUGCCGCCCUGCACAGGUUCCGCCCACCAAUACACUUUUUGCUUAUAUAUCCUGAUUAGGUUAAAGUUCCACUGAUCGGAAAUCUCUUCGCCGCCCCAUAUUACCCAGAGAGAGAGAGAGAGAAAAUUUCCAGCCUAACAAAGGAGCCCAAGCAAGGCACCAAGCGCCAACGCGAAAAAAGACAGAGAAGACGAAAGGCAGAACCCACCGGACACGCCCGACACAGGCAGCUUCAUCGCGCUCAGCGUACUCCUCCCCCUGGCGUAAUUACUUAUCCCCCCCGCCCCCGUUUGGCUCCCCUUCGCCUUUCAUCAAACCAGCCCAAUUUCCCGGCAUUCCAAGACCAUGCCUGCUCUUCGGGCGAGUUCCGUCCCAUCCCGACUCUCCCUGACCCGCCUCGCUCGCAAUAAUUCACAGCCCGCUCCCCGACUGCUCUCAACGUUUUCUAUCCGUCCUGCCCCUCCUUUGCCUUUGAAUUCUUCCACUGCGCGCUCUUGUCUUCCUUCUACUUCCUCUAUCCACAACACCUCCGCCGCAACCACUCGUUUCCAAUCCUCCUUUGCCCCCCUGAGAGCAGUUAGCUGGACUGCUGCAUCAUCCCCCUCAUUGUCCCAUACACAGAAGCGCAACAUGUCGACCGGACGGAAGAAGAUCAAGGUCAAGAACCCCGUGGUGGAGUUGGAUGGUGAUGAGAUGACCAGAAUUAUCUGGCAGGAUAUCAAGGACAAAUUCAUCUAUCCAUACCUUGACGUUGACCUGAAGUACUACGACUUGGGCUUGGAGUAUCGCGACCAAACCGAUGACAAGGUCACGGUAGAUGCCGCUGAGGCUAUCAAGAAAUAUGGCGUCGGUGUCAAGUGUGCCACCAUCACCCCUGAUGAGGCGCGUGUUGAGGAAUUCAAGUUGAAGAAGAUGUGGCUUUCUCCCAACGGAACCAUCAGAAAUAUCCUAGGUGGAACCGUUUUCCGUGAGCCCAUCGUCAUUCCCCGCAUUCCAAGACUUGUUCCUGGCUGGAAGAAGCCAAUCAUCAUCGGAAGACAUGCCUUCGGUGACCAAUAUCGUGCCACUGAUCGUCUUGUCCCCGGACCCGGCAAGUUGGAGCUUGUCUACACUCCCACAAACGGCGAACCAGAGCGCAUUACCGUAUAUGACUUCCAAGGAGCCGGUAUCGCCCAGGUCCAGUACAACACCGACGACUCCAUCCGAGGAUUCGCUCACGCUAGCUUCAAGCUGGCCCUUCUGAAGGGUCUGCCCAUGUAUAUGAGCACCAAGAACACCAUCUUGAAGAAAUAUGAUGGUCGAUUCAAGGAUAUCUUUGAGGAAGUGUACGAGGCCGAAUACAAGAAAGCCUUCGAGGCCAAGGGUAUCUGGUAUGAGCACCGCCUGAUUGACGACAUGGUUGCCCAGAUGAUCAAGGGCGACGGAGGUUGCGUUAUCGCCAUGAAGAACUAUGAUGGUGAUGUUCAAUCCGACAUCGUUGCUCAAGGCUUCGGCUCCCUUGGCUUAAUGACAUCCACUCUCACCACCCCAGACGGCUCUGCCUUCGAGUCCGAAGCUGCCCAUGGCACAGUCACUCGCCACUACCGUGAGCACCAGAAGGGUCGUGAGACUUCCACGAACCCCAUCGCGUCCAUCUUCGCAUGGACUCGUGGCUUGAUCCGCCGCGGUCAACUCGACGAGACUCCUGACGUUGUCACCUUCGCUGAACAACUCGAGCGUGCCUGUAUCGAGGUCGUCGACGAGGAGGGCAUCAUGACCAAGGAUCUGGCUCUGUCCUGCGGCAAGAAGGAGAGAGAUGCUUGGGUUACCACCCGAGAGUAUAUGGAUGCCGUUGAGAGACGCCUCCGCAGCAAUCUGGCCAACGCCAAGCUCUAAAUGAGUGUAAAAAACGCCCACCACUGAGCCUUCUGGAUCAAAAAAAUCAAACGCAAAAAGAAAAAAGAAAAAAAAAAAAAAAAAAAAAAAAGGCAAAAGGCUGUGUUUGAAUGAAUAUCCAUCUCUCCUCCCCAGCCUAAUACCAUUUAUGGGCCAGAUCCCAUCUUCUGGGCCCUUUCCCGUCAGCGCUUGAUUUCGGCUAUCACACGGAGUGCUCCAUACUCCGUACAAUUGGUUGGAAACCGCUAGUCUCCCUCCCCAAUUCCCCCGCAUUGAAUCGCGCAAAAGAAACUAGACAAACCCCCCAAUAGAUCGGCUUCUAGUCUUGUUCGACGU